AUCGGUAAGAACUAAACUUGAAGCUGAGGAAAUAUAAGAGAGAGAGAGUGGGAGAGAAGCGGUAGUUGAAAAGACGGUAAAGGUUUGUGCAGUGGGAUCAUUUCGUUACAUUGCACAUUACCUUCCCUGUGCUUAUCGCGCUUCCUGCAAUCUAGGGUUCUUAGAAUAUACUGUAUCGUGUCUUAAGCUUUACGUCUUUUCUGUUAGAUUUCUCCGUCACUGUUCUUCCAUUUCGAUCUGUUCAAUUCAGGGCUUUAUUCGAGAUCUUCAUUGUUCUUCGCGUCGAUAAAAUCCACCAUGACAAUCGCCGAUUCAGUUUUUCCGAUGGAUAGCGUGGCCAGUUGCAUACAGCUUCCACCGGAGGAGGAAAAUCGGAUCGUGUCGGAAUUGAUAAAGGAAUCGGAGCUUAAUUUGAAAGAUGGCAACGUAUACUUCGUUAUUUCUAACAGGUGGUUUUCAAGGUGGCAGAGUUAUGUUGGUUCUUGUGUUGGUAUGCUUUCAAUCGACAAGCAAUCUUCUGAUGGCCAGGAUGCUGAAAUGACUCACACAAAGAUUGCAGAUAGACCUGGGCCUAUUGAUAAUUCUGAUAUUAUUUCAAAGGGAAAUAACUAUGACAGCAAUAAUUUAGACAUUCAUCGAAUGUUGGAAGAGGGUGCAGACUAUGUUUUAGUUCCUGAAAAAGUGUGGGAAAGGCUGUUGGAAUGGUACAAAGGUGGACCAGCAUUGCCAAGGAAGUUAAUUUCUCAGGGUCUUGAACAUAAGCAAUACAGUGUUGAGGUUUACCCACUCAGUCUAAAGGUGAUCGAUGCAAGAGAUAACAGUCAGUCAAUUGUAAAAUUAAGCAAAAAGGCGACCAUAGGUGAACUUCAUGAGCAGGUGUGCAAGAUUAAAGGAGUAGAACAAAGCAAGGCCUGCAUUUGGGAUUACUUCAAUUUCAAAAAGCAUUCAUUGCUGACGAUCUCUGACCAGACAUUGGAGGAAGCAAACUUGACAAUGGACCAAGAUAUUCUUCUAGAAGUAUCACUUGAGAGAGAUCCCUCUUCUCAUUCUGGCAUGGAUUCAAUGGGAAAUGAAUUGGCUUUGGUACCAUUAGAACCUACAAGGUCAUCUGUGUCAAUUGCUGGGGGACCUACCAUGUCAAAUGGUCACUCAACUGGGUCUAGUUUUAAUUCGUAUCAGGGAAGCUCUGUUAGUUCAUCAUUGACCAAUAUGGAUGAUAAAUGUGAAGUCAAUAGAGGUGAAAGGGGUGGUUUGGCUGGACUGCAGAACUUGGGGAAUACCUGUUUCAUGAACAGUUCUAUUCAAUGUUUAGUCCACACUCCACAACUUGUUGAAUAUUUCUUACAAGACUACAGUGAAGAAAUCAACAUGGACAAUCCUUUAGGGAUGCAUGGUGAGUUAGCACUUGCAUUUGGUGACUUGUUGAGGAAACUGUGGUCCUCAGGGCGAACUGCUAUUGCACCCCGUUCAUUCAAGAGCAAAUUGGCCCGAUUUGCUCCACAAUUCAGUGGUUAUAACCAGCAUGAUUCUCAGGAAUUGCUUGCUUUUUUAUUGGAUGGACUGCAUGAAGAUUUGAAUCGUGUGAAACAAAAGCCUUACAUUGAAAUGAAGGACUCGGAUGGUAGGCCAGAUGAGGAAGUUGCAUCUGAGUGUUGGAAAAAUCAUAUGGCUCGGAAUGAUUCAUUGAUUGUUGAUGUAUGCCAGGGUCAAUACAAGUCAACAUUGGUUUGUCCGGUAUGUGGCAAAAUUUCAAUCACUUUUGAUCCUUUCAUGUACUUAUCGUUACCACUGCCUUCCACUGUCACUCGCAUGAUGACAGUAACUGUCUUUUAUUGUGACGGGAGUGGCCUUCCCAUGCCAUACACCGUGUCAGUUCUGAAGCAUGGCUGCUGUAGAGAUCUUUGCCAAGUAUUAGGCACUGCGUGCUGCUUGAAGAGUGAUGAAAUGCUUUUGCUUGCAGAGGUUUAUGAGCAUAAGAUUUAUCGAUAUCUAGAGAAUCCGUUGGAACCAUUGAGUUCAAUAAAGGAUGAUGAACAUAUUGUGGCCUAUCGAGUCAAAAGUGGAGCCAGAAAAAAGAAACUUGAAAUAAUGCAUCGAUGGCUAGAUAAUAUGAAGGGUGGAGACAAGAAGCUCUUCGGAACCCCCUUGGUUACUUAUUUGGUAGAAGAUCCUCAAUUCGGAGCCAACAUUGAGGCAUCUGUACAUAAACUGCUGGCACCUUUAAGAAGAGCAUAUUCUUCAACUAAGUCUCAUGAUGGGAAGGAAAAUGGUUUCAUCUCAUCUGGGAGUGAAGAGCAAUCAAACAUCUCCAAUACUCAAAGUGAAUCCCAGAGUCUAACAUUUGGCAACAAAGAACAAGAUGGAACAUCAUGUGGGGAGUCAUCUUUCCAACUUGCUUUAACUAACGAAAAUUGUUUGAGUUGUGAACCCAUUGAGAAGUCUUCUUUUAUAAAAUCCAGCCAACUUAUAAGAGUCUUUCUUGACUGGACUGAGAAAGAACAUGAAGUAUAUGAUGCUAGCUACCUGAGGGAUCUCCCAGAAGUUCACAAAACCGUAUUCACUGUGAAAAAAACCAAGCAAGAAGCUAUUUCUUUGUUUUCUUGCUUGGAGGCAUUCUUGACUGAAGAACCUCUAGGGCCAGAUGACAUGUGGUACUGCCCUAGAUGCAAGGAACACAGACAAGCAACAAAGAAGCUUGACUUGUGGAAAUUGCCAGAGAUUCUUGUUUUUCACUUGAAACGAUUCUCAUAUAGCAGAUACCUGAAAAACAAACUUGACACUUUCGUGAAUUUUCCCAUUCACAAUCUUGAUUUAACCAAGUAUGUUAAAAGCAAGGAUGGACAAUCCUAUGUGUAUGACCUUUAUGCAGUCAGCAACCAUUAUGGUGGUCUAGGUGGUGGGCAUUACACCGCAUAUUGCAAGUUGAUCGAUGACAAUAAAUGGUGCCAUUUCGAUGACAGUCAUGUCACACCUGUUACUGAAGCUGAAAUUAAAUCUUCAGCUGCUUAUGUUUUGUUUUAUCAGAGAGUUAGAAGUAAAGGCCAAAUGGAAGGAGAGGCAUCUCAGCUUCAUACAGUAUAGACCAUGAUGGGGCAUUUUGUUGCUUGAUGCCUGGUUUACAUGCUUAGCAGUUAGCACACAGCGGAGCUUAUUUUACUUUGCAUUGCAAAACUGCAAGGUAAAAUGAGAGACAAAAUGCUACCAUUGCGUGACAGCAAUUAAACAAAAAUGUUUAGGCGAGGCUCUGGUAGAAUCAGUUCUUAAUCACUACAUGAAUGAUAUCAUUUUUUGAAUAGAGAAAUUUUGGCAGCCUAUGAACUUAAAAAAAAGAUAUUUCUGUUAUUUCAUUUCAUCUGAGGUUAAAACAGAUCAGCAUGAAUUCAUCAUAAUUACUGUUUGACAGUUGUAUGUAAUUUUAUCGUUCUAAUAGGAGGGCGGCGCUUGUGUUUGUUAAAGAAAUUGUGCCCUCCUUCCGUUAGUAUGUUGUUAGGAUUCUAGGACCCAGUAGGAGAAGAACAGCUCCUGAUUAUAUUUAUUUAUUUUUUAAACAAUAUA